CGACAUUGUGGAUCAGGCAGCCAUCCCCCCCUCCCCCAUCCCCUUCUUUGCCUCUCCUCCCUCCUCUCUUCGCCCCACCCAGCAUUUACAAUGCCGCCGCCCGAAGCUGGCGGGUCCGCCGCGAAGUCGGAAAAACCCGAUGCCACCUACGCUCUGGCACACCUCUUCGUGACAAAGUACUACUCGAGCCUGUUCCGCUCGCCCGGGACCCUGAGCCACUUCUAUGAUGACUCGGCCAUCUUUUUCCGCCCGACCAAGGCCGGCGCCCUCGUCCCCCAAUCGGCCGACGAGGCUCUCCUCUUCUCGACCAAGAUGUCCCAGGGCGCCGUGUCCCUGACCGAUCUGCGCGCCAACCGCCUGGGCGCCGGGGCCGGCACCAUGCUCAAGAUCGUGGCCACUGGCACCACCACCGCCGCCGCCAGCCCGGCCGGCACCGGCGACGCGGCCGCCCCCCUGGAUGGCCACUUCCAGAAAUUUGUCCAGAUCUUCGACAUUGCCCCCACUCCCGGCAACCCUUACCAGUAUCAGAUCCACUCGGACAGCCUCUUUUUCUUCGCCCCCAAGGAGAUUUCCCCGAGCCCCGAGCCCUCCUUGUCGACAUCUAGCACGCCUCCUCUGGGCGGUCGCAACACGACUCCCGGUCUCGGGGAGGUGGACCCCGCGGUGCCUGCCCCCCUGGCGGCCGGGGACUCCGGCUCCCUCUCGACGACGGCCUCCGCCUCCAAAAAUGACACUCCCCCCGGCCCAGCGGCAGCCGGGCCCACCAAGGCCUCCGACGCCGCCGCCCAGCCAGCCGGCGCCCCGGCCCCGGCCCGCGCCUCCUUCUCAUAUUCCUCGAUGGCCAAGCGCUCGGUCGCCAAUGCUCCCGCGGCCCCGACGACCGUCACGCCUGUCGCGCCGGCUGCCGUGCCCGCGACCACCUCUUCAUACUCCACCACAUCACAGCCGCAGUCGCAACCUCAGCAGCAGCAGCAGCAGCAGCAGCAGCAGCAGCAGCAGCAGCAGCCGCAGCAGCAGCAGCAGCAAUCCUCCCGUGGUCAGCAGGGCGGCCAGUCGGCCAACCGUCGACUGCGGAAACCCCCGACCGCCGGCGCCCAAGGCUCCGGUGCGCCCGGUGGUCCUGGACCUGGGUCCGAUGCCCGGCCUGGCUCCAGGCCUCGCCGUCAAGACCGGCCUGUCUCCGGUUCCUCGGUUGCCUCCCGCUGA